UUGACGGUAAUAACGCGAGGAGAGUCCCAGUCCUGCACACUGUAUAACUUCCACACGCUGUGUGGCUGCAUGACUCUGGAACACGUCUGAGAUCUGAGCCAAAGAGCGCUCGAAAAGGUUUUUAUACAAAAAUGUCAUUUGCGAUGGUGCGUCCAGCCCCGAGCCGCUACCUUUACUCGGACAUCUCCAUGAUGUCUGAGGACGAGGAGAACGGCAGCGAGAGCUCGGGUUCCGACGACCGCUCCUUCAGACUGGACGCCUCUGGCUACGAGCUUAAGGUGGCCGGCAGGAAGCGGAAACCGGGCAGCGGAGGUGGAGGAGGGCAGAUUGGUGGACUGCUCCCCGGCACCGUGACCGGCCCGCCGGGCGAGGGACGGCAGCGCAAUGCGGCUAACGCGCGGGAGCGAGACCGGACAAACAGCGUGAACACUGCUUUCACGGCACUCAGGACUCUUAUCCCGACCGAGCCGGCAGACAGGAAGCUGUCCAAGAUUGAGACUCUGCGCCUCGCUUCCAGCUACAUCUCGCAUCUCGGGAACGUCCUGUUGGUAGGCGAGGCCUGCGGGGACGGGCAGCCAUGCCACAGCGGUGGACCUUCGGCGGCCUACUAUCACCAUCACGGGUCGCCUACGCGAGACUCGGAGAACUCACAGCCCAAACAAAUCUGCACUUUCUGCCUCAGCAACCAGAGGAAAAUGAGUAAAGACAGAGAGAGAAAAACAGCCCUGAGGAAUUAAUACCAUGAGGACCAGAGGACAGAUCGGAGGACAGUCGCAAACUUUUCACUCGAGACUUGACUUUACGGUGUAUAUAAAUAUAAUUAAAACCGUAUUUAAUUGACUAUUGUAAAUUACACUCGGGCGCUUGGCCUCGGACCGGAGCGCGAUCACGAUGACUCUGAACCCUCUCGGAGAGAAGCAUCUUCUUAGAUAUUUUCAGCUCCGCCUGUCUGGAGCUAGCACAGACAUUCAGACAGCUUUACACCUCACCUGGAGGCGCAGCAGAUGAACAGAAACAAAGCUUCAGAGAUGAGCAACAAGAAAGUGCAGCGCUAAAGGUUAAACUGAAGGGUGCGAGAUCAGACUCUGGGCUGACGAGGGACGAGCUGCAGAAAGACAAAAAGCUGAAGGACACUUUGACCACUGACAGGAUUAAUGGAGAAUGAGACCCAGAUCCUUAACACCUAAUUAGAUAUUCUCAGAAAUGUGUUUGGCACAUCAAGUGUAAUGUGCGUCUACUUAAAUCAUAAAAAGGCAAUAAUUUAAUAAAUUUAAACACAAUAUAAUGUAUGUUAAAGAUGGAAAAUGCAUAUACUCGCUGUUCAUUAAAUGAAAAGCAUAAAAUCCUUUAA